UACCCUGUGCUCACCUAACAACAUGGCGGCGCUUUGAGUAUUUUUCUCGCGCAUCGUCGAAACUACGACAGCGAUUUUGUGACUCUGCCAACUCUGCACCGACAGCCCCUUCACUUUUACCCGUGGAACAGAUCCUACUCAACAUGGAGGACGUUCAAAAACACUCGGUUCACACACUCGUGUUCCGAUCUCUGAAACGGACGCACGAUAUGUUCUUGUCGGACCAAGCAAACCCUCCACCCCAAGAUGAGACAAGCGAAAAGCUCAAGGUUUCCGUCAAGACAAAGGACGAGUACGGGCUCGUGAUGCACCUGGUGAAGUCGAACCCACAGAACUACAGACCCAACGUUGAACGACCAGCGUACCAUGAAGACAUGGUCAAAAGCAAGGAGGCCAAGCUCCCGGAACUCCAGUAUUCAGGCAUGGAGAUGAUGCCCGUGUACGACGACGACGCGCCGCCCCCUGGGGUCGACGACUACACCAUCGUCAAGCCACCGCCUCCACCAUCGCAGAUGAUGGUCCUGGCGGGGCAGCAGCAGCUGGCGGUGGCGCCGCGCAAGCCGGUGACCAUUCCAAAGCCGCAAUGGCAUCCGCCCUGGAAGCUCUACAGGGUCAUCAGCGGCCACACGGGUUGGGUGCGGUGCCUGGCAGUGGAGCCCGGGAACCAGUGGUUCUGCACCGGAUCGAACGACCGUAUCAUCAAGAUCUGGGACCUCGCGAGUGGCAAGCUGAAGCUGUCGCUGACCGGCCACAUCAGCGGAGUCAGGGGCCUGGCUGUCAGUCCGCGCCAGCCGUACCUCUUCUCGUGCGGAGAGGACAAGCAGGUCAAGUGCUGGGACCUGGAGUACAACAAGGUUAUCCGGCACUACCACGGACACCUGAGUGGUGUGUACGCGCUUUCCCUGCACCCAACCAUCGACGUUCUGGUCACCGGAGGCAGGGAUGCCACCGGAAGGGUGUGGGACAUGCGCACCAAGGCCAGCAUCCACUCCCUGGUGGGGCACAGCAACACCGUGGCGAGCGUGCAGUCCCAGGCGGCCGAGCCGCAGGUGCUCACCGGCAGCCACGACUGCACCAUCCGCCUCUGGGACCUGGUGUCCGGCAAGUCCCGCGUCACCCUCACCCACCACAAGAAGAGCGUGCGCGCCCUCCUCGUACACCCCAAGCUGUACGCUUUUGCCUCGGGCGGCCCGGACAACAUCAAGCAGUGGAAGUGCCCGGACGGAAAGUUUAUCCAGAACCUGUCGGGCCACAACGCCAUCGUCAACUGCCUCGGGAUGAACGACGACGGAGUUCUCGUCUCUGGAGGCGACAACGGGACCCUGUUCUUCUGGGACUGGCGCACGGGGUACAACUUCCAGCGGCUGCAGGCCCCUGUCCAGCCGGGCUCCAUCGACAGCGAGGCCGGAAUCUUCGCCUGCCUCUUCGACAUGAGCGGCAGUCGCCUCAUUACCGCCGAGGCCGACAAGACCGUCAAGAUCUUCAGGGAGGACGACACGGCGACGGAAGAGACCCACCCCGUCAACUGGAAGCCAGACAUCCUGAAAAGGAGAAGGUUCUAACUCGCUUCGCCCAAUACUGUACAGUUUUCUUUCUUUUUUUUAAUUUCGUGGCAAGAAUAAAUUUGGGCAUCACUUUUCUUUUUA